GCGACAAGGGACCAGGCCCCGCGGUUUGGUCAACAGAAAUAUGGAAGCCGUCACAAAAUGCAGACCAUUUCGGACGAGAUUCGCGGCGGAUGAUACCUUGUCCUUGCGACGGACGGCCGAAGCACUCUCGGAAAAAGCUUAGAAGACGCUAUCUCGCCUAGUCAUAGCCAUUGCACCGCUCGCCGGACGAACUGUGCAAUGACUAUGACUACCUCGGCCGUGCUUUGCUCCUCUCAGCGCCACGAGACGGAAAGGCGGGUCAAGUUGAGCGAUAUCUUUCGCGUCACAGUGACUGCAUCGGCAUCGACGUCGGCGAAGACGCCUACUUUGCAUCCAUUUUGCCCGACUUGCCGAUGUUUUGCGUGGCAUCACCACAAAAGGGCACAAGUUGCCUUUCAAUCGGAUUUGCUCCCGGUGAAACGUUCGCUCAACUGCCAAAAGGAUCGCGGUCUUCAGCCUACUGUACUAGGCUGAAGACCAGGCCUGUGCUACGCAUUGACUGGCAUGUCCAUCAUAAAGCAACGUCGUGUCUUCCGUGGCAAGCGCUGCAAGCGUGGCGGAAGGCGUUAUCCACAGAGGUGUCAACACAAUCGUCAGGGUUUCACCCCCAGCUGCUGGCUGCAGCAUCACUAAGACUGCUAGAUGGACAAGCGUCAUGAAUCGUGACAUCGCAAAUGCAUUGCCAACCAACCUGCUCCAAGCCCCACCAUGAAGCACCAGAGAGCCCGCAGAAGCCGAUCAAUCACGCGUGCGCUUGGCGCUGGUCAACUUCAAGCAAAAACACACGAAACCUGUAUUAUGUCAUGCUCCAUGCUGCAUCAGAGUUUCGGCGCCCUUUGGAAGCAAAAGUUCUUUUUGCGCCUCUUCGUGCGCAACUAUCAAUAGCUCGUCAUUGCUAUCAAUAGCUCUCCAACAAGACAGCAACUUCCGCAACGCCUUCAACUCUGCUGCAACUGCAUCGCAUUCCGUCCGAGC